UAACUAUGGAGAUGCCCAAACACGCUCUUGGCAACAGUGCUAUAAGUCAUUUGAAGCAGCCUAGGUAUCUAUCUGUACUGAACCAAUUAGGCUGUUCAUCCCUUCACGGUCAAGUUUUCUUUGGGGUCACAGCCAAGACUGCCUUCCUAUUUAUUUUACCUCAGUAUAAUGUUAGCGUGCCUUCCGCAGACAGCGAGACCGUGCACUACCACUACGGCCCGAAGGACCUGGUCACAAUCUUGUUCUACAUCUUCAUCACCAUCAUCUUACAUGCCGUGGUCCAGGAGUACAUUUUAGACAAAAUCAGCAAACGGCUUCAUCUCUCCAAAGUCAAACACAGCAAGUUCAACGAAUCUGGACAGCUGGUCGUCUUUCAUCUCAGCUCAGUGAUAUGGUGCUUCUACGUGGUGGUGACGGAAGGAUACUUAACAAACCCCAGAAGCCUGUGGGAAGACUACCCGCACGUGUACCUCCCCUUCCAGGUGAAGUUUUUCUACCUGUGCCAGCUGGCCUACUGGCUACACGCGCUUCCUGAGCUCUACUUCCAGAAGGUACGGAAGGAAGAAAUUCCCCGCCAGCUCCAGUACAUUUGCCUGUACCUGGUCCACAUAGCUGGAGCAUACCUCUUAAACCUGAGCCGCCUGGGCCUGAUCUUGCUACUGCUGCAGUACUCGACCGAAUUCCUCUUCCACAUGGCUCGACUCUUCUACUUUGCUGACGAAAACAACGAGAAGCUGUUUAAUGCCUGGGCUGCUGUAUUUGGGGUCACGCGCCUCUUUAUCCUCACCCUCGCUGUGCUGGCCAUCGGCUUUGGACUCGCCCGCAUGGAAAACCAGGCGUUUGACCCUGAGAAGGGGAACUUCAACACCUUGCUGUGCAGGCUCAGCGUGCUGCUGCUGGUGUGUGCUGCCCAGGCCUGGCUCAUGUGGCGCUUCAUCCACUCCCAGCUGCGGCACUGGCGGGAAUACUGGAACGAGCAGAGUGCCAAGCGGAGAGUCCCAGCUGCCCCCAGACUACCAGCCAGGCUCAUCAAGAGGGAAUCUGGUUACCAUGAAAAUGGAGUUGUGAAAGCAGAGAAUGGAACCUCCCCACGGACUAAGAAACUCAAGUCUCCUUAAGGCCAAAGUGCUGAGAACAGGAAUCCUCGUGGUGGGGACCCAGCAGGGAGACGAGGGGCCCAGGCCCCAUCGUGGCCUCUUCUUCCCUGCUCGUGCUGCUCCGUCUCCAACAGCAGAAGCCUGUCUUUAAACGGGGUUUUUCUCUUCUUACUUCUUGGCUUCUCUUCUGAUUCUUCCAUAAACCAUUCUCAAUAAAGCCAAAAACCUUCCUCUUUCUCACCCUCAAGCCACCUCAUGUCUUCUCCUCUGUCCUGUGCUGGGUUUUCUAGAAGCCCAGGUUCUCCUGGUUAUCUUUCUGCUUUCCUCUUCUUUCUCUUCUUCCAUGGCUGCUUCUCUCUUCUUAAUUUUACGUUACUGUGCAAUUUCUGUCUGAAAUUACAACGGGAGGGAGCUAAGACUGCAGUCCUGUCCCGCUAGUCUCCGGGACCUGCCAGUCUAGAUGCCCUGUGCCAAGGAACUCGGCCUGGGGCCGGUAGCAGCCUCCAUGGUGGUCCUCGUGUGGAUGGGCAAGAAGAGGAAGGACCAGCCCUCUUGGAUCAUCAUCUCCUUGGUGCUGAUUAACUGACGAGAUGUAGGAUUCCAAUUCUGCACGUACCAUCUGGAGGCACAACAGCCACUGCUCGAUGUAAAGGCCGAGGCUUUGGGCUUUGGGACCUGACGACUCAGUCCAGAAGGAUGGUGUUAGCUCUGCCGGGUCCCAGGACUCGAGAGCUCACCACGGGUUGGUCUUGGAUCAGAGACCAGCGUGCUGUCGCUGGGUGGGGAAGUGCUGGAGGAGCACAGGCCUUCCUGCUUGGAAGAGCAAGAGCAGAGCACGCUGAGCAGAAGCUCUUCCAGAGGGUGACGGCAGCAGAAGCGGCAGAGCCAUUGACCUAGGCCUCCCUUCGGCAGUCCCAGCAGCAGCCGCCUUUCAGCCAUUCACCAGCAUUCUAAACCAAACCAAACAGCAGUUACGAAACCUGCCUGAGAGAAACUCCAGAACCAGCCAGCCCCGUCAGGGCCAACUUGCUACCUUGACUUCACCUCUUGAGCUGCAGAAACACAAAGCCUCCAGGGCUCCCGCCACACGCCAGCCCUGGUAUCCCAGGAAGGGACCCGGUCCCCCUGGCCUCACCUGUUGAGUGGUCUUCAGAUUUGUUGUCAUUUGCUGAUGUCUGUUGAGCAAACCUACAGCAUUUUAGACCACAUGAAACCAGGAUGGACUCAGAGUCUCUCUUCUGGUUGGUGAUAGGAGUCUUUUCGUCCUCUUCCCUCACAUAUUCUUUUCCUUCCUCUCCACCUGAGGACAAGGCCUCUGAGUCCUUUGGUGCCUUGAGAAAACUUCCAGGAGGGGAGUUAGGUUUUCACAGGUCCUGAUUAAGAACCCCUGAACCGUGGUGAGGGGAGGGGAGCAGUUCCUGGUGGAUGCAGGGACAUUAGUCCUUGGUUCUCUUGUGAUAGCACAGUAGGAGCUAACCUUGGAGUUUGACCCAAGAAGGGGGAGACAGGUCUUUUCAUCAGAACCACGCCCCUUCUCCAGGUCACUUGCAUCACAGGUAAAUUUAAAUUUGCUGGUAACCGGGAUUUGUUUCCUAAUAAUCAUUGUAUACGUUCAUCCCUCUGUCCAGGAUAAGGUUGCAAAAAUAGGGAAAAUAAUUACCCUUGGCUUCUUUCAUUUUUUUCUUAGGAAGUGGGACAGUGUUUUUGAACAUAUGCAUUUCUCUCCCUCUUCUCUCACGCCCCCUUACUCUCUUACAACAGAACGUAGGGAAAAGGGUAGCUUGCUAUCCACCCAGCAGACCUGACCCAGAACCCCUUGGCCAGUCAAAGAGCUUUGGCAUAGGCUGUGGUUGAAUUCAUGCUCCCUGUCCUGCCUGGGAGCUGCAAGUGAAGGGACUGUUUAUCCAGCAGCCACCCCUUAGCGUGGAUGCCCAUCCUGGGCUCUCUCUGGCCUGUGGCUUUGGCAGGGGCCUCAGCAAUGUCCUAAAGGAGCCUUAUCUUCACCAGGUGAUUCCAGGUGAAACUGCUGAGCCAUGCCUUCAACAAACAUGUAUGGCAUGCUUGAGAUGUGCUAUUUGUUAUGUGCCGAGUGCCAGGGAGUCAGAGGGGAGCCUCCCAUCUCGAAGACCUGCCAUCCCACAGCCUCCAUGCUCACAGUUGUUGGUUUCUAUUGCUCUUUCUCAGGACACUCGGGUGCUUCAAAUGACAUGGCUUUAUGCUCUCCAAGUCUCCUGCAAGCUGCUGGUGCUUCCAGUAUAUUGUGCGUUGGGUUGAUACCACCAGCCUAGUCGCCCGGGUCGGCUUAGGUUUUGUGUCCUAUAGGAGAAGGGUUUGCUCAGUGAUAGCAGUUAAUCUUUUCUAUGCAUAAAAAACAGCAAACCCUGAGACCACGUGAAGGCUGGCAUCUCCCCAGCCUGGGCUUCAGGGAUGUUGGUGGGGUUAGGAGGUAAUUGUAAGGUACUUUAUCCCCACUGGCCUUCCUGGCAUAUUUCACAGCAGAGCCAAGCCUCUGGCAGGUUGACACCAUGUUGCCAGAGCUAGAUAAUUCAAUCCCACUUCAUCCUGUGAGCUUGUGGGGCUAGCAUGUCCUAGUUUGGCUACUUCCUUCAGUUUUCUGCAUACUCUACUCUCUCCAAACAAAGUGCCAACGCACUUGUGAAGGCCCUGCCAGACCUCCAGGUUGGACAGGCCAGCUCAACACCGUCGCCAAGAGCAGGGGAGAAGAUGCCUGUCUACCUCAGCACCCGCUGCCCUCUCUCGACACCCCUGGCUGGCACGCGUGUUUGGGGAAAGCCAGCAGAUGACAGUGGUAGGGAAGGGAGGCCAGGCUGGUGGAUGGAGACUCCUGAGCUGCUGAUUCCCUUUGGAGGUUCAGUGAUGAGCAAGUUAUUUUUACCAUCCAGGCGCUGAUAGCCGCACUAUUAAUAAAUUGCAUGUGUUCAUUUGAAGGAAGGGGUGGUUCUGGGGGAGGAGGAGCAGGCCAAGGGUGAAGGAGAGCUACCAUACCCAUUCUAGUCACUCUAACCCCACCUGGGCAUGGGCGCCAGGCCCAAGUGAGUGCCAGGAACCUCGUGUGAUCCUGUCCAGAGGCAGAACUUAGCAGCAUGUCAGAAACCAAAACAGACACCUGUGCUCGGCCACCUUCACAGAUGCUUCUCUGGACUAGAAUCCCUGGCACCCUAAAAUCCACCGAGCCUGGGAUGGGUGCUUCUUUUUUAGGGGGGGAAACCUUUUGCCCCAAUACCCCUUGACCUUUCAAACAAGCAGUAAAUAAGAGGUAGGGGCAGAGUACACCCCCUCCCAAGAUCCCACAACAUGAAAUUAUUCUAUUCUGUGAGUGCUUUAAUUAGAAGGGGCUGGUCGGUCCCCUGGUAGCUGGGGAAUGCCGCGAUUUGGAUUUCCUUCAUGUGCUUCAGCCUGCUCAGGAUCGGUCUGGGUGGGAGAAGCGGGGAGGUCUGGACUUGACUCUGUUGUCUAAGGGCUUCAGGUCUUACCUUCUGGGGACUUUUAUUCAUGUAUGGGAAGUGUCCUGUGAAUCCGGACAGCCGCGGGAGGGUCUUUCUUGACUUACAUGCUAACAGUUCUUUUUCUCAGGAGAGGACUUUGGGGAUUACUGCAGAAUUAGGUCAGCAUCAGAUCUUUUUGAAAGCCCUCUCCAGCCAAGGUUGGCCCAGUGAGGAAGCCUUUACCAACCUUCUUCCUGCUCACCAUACUUCUUGCCCUAGUAUUGACUCCACCUCCCAAAAGGCUGCAAAAGACAACUCCUCCGGGCUGCCUCUCCUCCCGCUCGCUCGCUCUUUUGUGCAGGCCCCUUAAGUAGCAGAGCGAUGGGGAGAAAAGCACGGGGGGGCUGAAGGCUCUGGGUUUGAGCAGCUCUGUCUUCCUGUGUCCGAAGUGCCUUGCUCUGUCUGUAGCCUUCGCUCAUACUGUGUGGCGAGCCCCAGCCCCCAGCUGCCGGGGCUUGAGGGCUGCUUGUCAUCUGUGGCCCAGAACCCAGUACCUCAGUAUAGUCACAUAGAAAAGGGACACGCAUUGUGACAGCUUCACCUCAUUUGUUCGGGCCUCACCCCACCCCUCACCCCUCACUCCUUGCCGUAGGAUCUCACUUGGUGUGUUCUCGAUUUCGUUUCUGGCUCUGCCCUCGUGUCGGUUCUGGUGUGGCCUGACUGGGUUGUCGUGGAAGCCUGUGAAGUGGCUCAACUGCAGGCACCUGCGCCACUCCAUAUGGCGGGAAGCUCAGAGGCGUCCAGCCCCUACCCUGCAUCCCCCUGUGCCGCUGGCCCGCACAGUGAGCCUUGCUCUUCCUGCUUCCCCCACACUCUCCAAUCCCAGAUUAAAAGUAAAGGCGCCCUUGCCAUAGCCUCUCUGAACUGUUUUGCUUCCCAUCCAGCCCGAAGUUUGUCUGAUACAGUGUUUACUCCUCCUUCCCGGCUUAAGUGUUAACUCAUAGGUAACCCCUGUUGCCAGUGGGUCCGGCCCAGCCGCUGCAGAUCUGCCUGCCUCCUAAUUCAGUGUUACGUGUAGUAGUGACAGCGACCCUCUUCCCUGCCCCGUGCCUGCCUGCCUGCCUUUUUCUUGUUCUUACGGGUUGUGCAAUAACUCUCCCUGCCGGUGGUCUUCUCCAUGGGCCUUUCUGUCCCUUGCAGCACCCUAUUGGGGAAGACAGGGGACCCAAGGGAGGGGAGGUCAUCAUCCCUUACGGAAGAAACGUCAGCCGCUUUCCCUUUGUUGCUGUCAUUCUCAUGAUCCUGGGUCAGUUUCUGUGGCACUCUUGUAGAACAUGUAGCAUCAUCUUAGAAGCCUGUAUGUUUUUUUGAAAAUAUCUGUUGGAAAGGAAGAACCAUCCUCACGAUGGGACAUGAGUCGGCGUCUGGGCUGAGAUCUGAGCGGUGCCCGUGGCCUCUCCAUCGCUCUGCCUAGACGCAUUUCAGAGUUUCUCGUUUGCGUGGGGAGGAGGAGACUCCCGAGAGUCAGCCACAGGUGGGCUGCCUGUUCCCCCAGGAGGCUCUGGCUGUGUAGAAAGUACCACCAUCGCCUUGGGCACAGGUUCAAAUGUUCCUGUGAUGAGACCGUAGACCUCGUAGACCUUGUUUUUCAGUUCCCCUGUUAAUACACAUCUGAAGGAUGAGCUGAGGCUGCUGGUGCCCUGAGCAACUCAAAAUGCAAAUGUGGACAAACUUGUCUCUUUGUUUUUCUAAGUUAGCCUGUGUGUGUUACGGACCAAAUUUCAACCAGGAACUCAAGGAAAAUUUGUACCUGCCGUAUUUAUGCUUUCAUGUAAAAGGGUUGGGGGGAGGGGUGUCUUUUUACCUUUGGUGAACUUUUUCAAGUCCUUUUUCACUGUUUCUGUCUGGUUUUACAACAAAUUACAGUUUUGUAUGGAUUUUUUUAAUGUACAUUUUGAAACAAAUGAUCGAGUAUUUUCUGAAAUAACUGAAUAAAAGGCAUAGAAUUAUC